UGAGGAUUUAACAAUUAAACUUGGCUAUCCCUAUGUUUUUGUGCACCAGGGUGACUGGGAGCAUUUGCUAUUGUUUCGUAAUUUAAGAAAAUGCCUUCACCCAAAAGGCACUGGUAUAUAUUAGUUUUGAAAUUUACUCGGUUCGAGAGUAUUGUGCCUUUUAGUGUUUAUGGAAGCAUGGAUAGUUAAAAGACUAAUGGAUGCAUGGAUAGUUUAUUAUCCGUGAUGGAAGUAUGGGACGCGCAGAGUGGAGUUUUUCUUUGCUUUUCGGAGAGCGCACAGGUAACAAAUAUUUUCAUCCCGUGCACAAAACUAAGUGGCAAAACUCUGCCUAUUCACCCUAUAUUUGAAAACAACCGGCCUAAGUCACAAGGUUGGAAACAAACCUCGUUAAAUAUGGAAUUGACUUGAUACGUUACGUCAUCAUUUUCAUAUCGUUUUCAAAUUUAUCCGGCAAAUCCACCCGUUCCACACGUUAUCAGCAAUAUUGUAUUGUAAUUAUCAAAACAUUGUCAGCAAUAGUAUAUUGCAUUGUUAAGUCCUGAUAACGAGUGGAGGACUGGAACUAGGCAGAAGAACCAAAUUUGCCAUUAAUUUUAUAAUUUUGGGAUUCUCUGGAGAUUUUAUGCUAGCACAGAGUUUACUAUAUUAGUCAGUAUUACCUAUAUUGUUUUCAGUUUUGCUAUUACGUGCAAAGAAUCGUCUUAUUUAGGAGAGAAGUAUAUUUGAAGCACAGCAAUCAUGUCAAGAACAAAUUUAACUGCAAGCCAGAAAACAAUAUUACAGAAACUGUGGGAUGAAGGAAUGAUAACAGGGAAGAGAAAAGACUUGAUAGGAAAGGCAGUUGAAAAAACUGGCCUUGAUGAAACAACAAUAAUGAACUGGAUUGGAAAUAAUAAACGAAAGAUGGGGAUGGCAGUCAAAAGGGGAUCGAGGAAAAAUGAAAAUAAAAUUCAUUCAUCAGGCUACGUUCGGAAACGAUCAGCAUACUCGGCAUUUAAAAAGGAGUUCCUUGCUAGCAAUAAAGCCAAAAAAAUGAGAGAGGAUGGAGUGGCUGAAAGUGAAAUUCAAAAACAAGGCAGCUUAGAAUAUCGUCAGUUAUCUCCAAACAGUAUGGCUGCGGCCAGGCUGCGGCCAGGCUGCGGCCGACAGGAGAAUGUAAGUUGGUGAUGUCGUUAGAAAUGAGCGGACGUUUUAUUUCUAGGCAAGCAUUGCGGGCACCGCAUUUUAGUACUGUGUCUG